AUGGCGAAACCGGCUCAUCGAGCAGGCUUGACGCUAGAAAUGGACAUAAACGCCGGAAAACAAGCCAAGCGACAACUCGACAUCGAUGGUCUCUUCCAUAAAGCUGCUGAAGACUUCAAAAGAGCUAGAAAAGGCCUAAUCAAGCGACCUUCAAAAAUAUACGGCGGGCGCAACGAUGGUCCUCUAUUCUACGGAGAUGCUUUCUUUGCACAUUCCUUCGGGAGUCGCUUAUCGGCGAGAGCAACUUGCCCUCUAUGCCGCUUCUUUUGGUCUAUGAGAAUCCAACCGGAUAAGCGUCAUGCAAAAUACAAGCUUCUUGGGUUUUGCAGCAGCGAGAGUUGGAUUUUUGGCCUCUCCGGAUUGAAGAAGAGUCCAGCCUGGCACAAUACGCGAGAUACGGUCUGGAUGGGCGUCGUGCCAGAUGUUCCGUCUAUACCACAGUCAGGUCAUGGCGAGAAUUGGCUGGAUAAAGACAUUCCAGCAGUUGGACCAAUCUAUCUUUUGCAGCCUGAUAAGAACGGGGAGGAUAUUCCCGUCUUAUUAGAAGCACGGCAUCUCAGUGACGCAGUCGAUUUCGCUGUUGCACAGGAGUGGUUCUCGUUCUGCCAAAAGUGGCAUUUAAGCUCCUGCAGUCGACCGAGCAAGGGUGAUACCAUUACUCGAGGGUUUCGUGUAAUUGACUGCGAGAAGGAUCCGCCGGUAGUGGUGGAAAUGCCCUGGGGUGUUGAAUAUGCCGCACUCAGCUAUGUAUGGGGUCAGCGGCCCGAAGACUUGGUUGACUGGCCUGCAACAGUUCUUGAUGCCGUUACGGUAUCUCGUAAAUUGGGAUUGCGGUACUUGUGGGUUGAUAGAUUGUGCAUCAACCAAUCUGAUGCUGUGGAAAAGGACUAUCUCAUAUCCCGGAUGACUACGAUUUACGAAUAUGCUGAGCUCACUAUUGUAUCAGCUUCUGGGUCGGGAGCAAGCGAUGGUCUUCCCGGGGUACGAUCGACGCCUCGAAAAGGUCAGCCCAAGAUUCCAUUAGAGAGUGGGAGUCUUUUAGUGUCUGCACUCCAGGAUCCCCGUCAAGAGAUUCUGGCAUCCGAAUAUUGGACGAGAGGAUGGACAUACCAGGAAGGCGUCUUGUCGAACCGGCGUCUAGUAUUUACUGACCAUCAAAUGUACUGGGAGUGCCGUUGCAUGGCUGCACAUGAGAGUCUCCAGAUGCCUUUGGAGCUACUUCACAGAAAUCACACCUCCGUGACGAGUGCUACAGAUUCGCGCAGGAGAGAGAUUUUGCCCCAAAUACCCAAUGGACAACAUAUGGAGGACUAUAUUUUGGGAGGAAUCUUCAAGAGUGAGACGUCUGGUGGAGAUUUGGACAUGGGCAGCCAUCAACGAGACGUUAUACAAACAGAUGAAUAUCGGCUGGAAUACAGAUUUCCUGUGCCAGACGAAGCAUCCACUGGCUCACAACUACGAUCGUUGAAUGACCAUAUCCGGGCUUUUUCGGCAAGAAAACUAAGUCAUGGCGGAGAUUCACUCAAGGCUUUCCUUGGUAUCGCCGGCAUGUACAGAGACAAGAGACUUUGUAUAUAUCUUGGCAUUCCCAUGUGGACAAACGAUAUCUUAGUCGACCUCACGGGUUCUUACAUUACAUUCGCCCUCUCAGUCUGCUCAUGGUACCAUCGCAGCGGUACAGAGCAUCAAAUGUUCAUUUCAGAGUCCUGUAUUCGCAGAACACACCUGCCAUCCUGGACAUGGGCAGGAUGGCAAGGCACGGUAUCAUGGCGCGCUCCACCGUCGGACGAGCAUAGUGUCUUUAUGAGCGAUCUGAUCACCGCAGAGCCACUCCAGAUCCACUUGGUAUGGGCAGCAGAUCUUUAUCUAAGGUCACCAUGUGAGCCGGUGUGCUUAUGCUUGCUGAACUUGUAUUCUACAGAUGUACUAGAGGCCGAAGUUCCUACGCUGCUUGAAGUACGGAACCCCCUAGUAUUGAAGUACUCGGUAAGGCAUGAAGUCAAAGGAAGCUGGGAAUGGAGACGCCUAGCAGGCAGAGCAGGCGAAACACGCCGCUACCAAGCCGAACGACAAGAGUGGGAUAAGAAAUGGUAUCGUAUCGCUGGCAGGCUCGCCUUUGUAAGCAUGUCCAUUCCAAUAAGAGAAGAGGACUGGACUCGAAAGCACGACACAGGCGAACUCAUCAGCGUGCUUAUAUUUGCUGCUCAACGGCCCCGUGCAGAGCAUGGCCGGGCAAGGUUUUUGACGCUGCAGAGGGUUGAGUCUGAUUCGUUUGAGACGAGGUGGGAGAGAGUUGGAACGCUGCAGCUUACAAUUCCGGAGGUUGACUUGGAUAAGUGCUUUACGAAUGAGGAGUUUCUGAGGAGGAUUCCUGUGAGGGAGUGGAGAGGUGCAAUUGUCAUUCAGUAA